AUGUGUUCUCGGUAUUACAGGCAGUACAGAUGCGGCCACAGAGCUUACGCCCAGCCAGACUAUUGUGAAUUUGCGACAUACAACAACCAUACCAAGAGGUGGUCUAUGUGCCCUCAAGGGCGAUCUCAUACCGGGGUUCCUGACGAGAACCUCUGUGGCGAAGUCGAGUGUUAUUUGGCAGACCUCAAGAGUCGUGGUUGGAGUUGCUGCAACUGUGGAGAAACAGGCAACAGGAUGGACGGUUGUCUUGGGCCUCCUGGGGGCCAAAUGGGGGAUUGUCCUCACUAUGUCUGCACACGAUGCAGCUAUACAAGUUUCAGGUAG